GGAAAUUCAGACCUGUCAUGAAGAAGUCCCUCCUUUGACUUUAGUUUGACCAGUUGGUGAUCCUCCCGCGGCGGCCUCUCACAAACAGCCCCGGCCAUCGCUGCGGUCCUCCGGUCCCUCCAUGGCCAACUCUACCGCCGUGUCGCCAGAUAAACCCGCAGUGACGGUCAAGAACGAUGAUGGCACACACAGCAGCCAUGACUUCACAGCAUUCGCCCUGGUGCCCACCUUCUUCCUCUUGGGUCUGAUCGGAGUCAUCAUCUGCCACGUGCUGAAGAGGAAGGGCUACCGCUGCACCACCGAGGCCGAAGAUGAAGAAAAACCUGUGCAACAUGAGUGCAACGGGCUGGAGCAAGACCUGGAGAUGGGAGAGUUGAAUGACACCUUCAGUGAUAACAAUGACACCGUCGGGCAGAUCGUCCACUACAUUAUGAAAAAUGAAGCCAACUCUGAUGCCCUGAAAGCGAUGAUUCAUGAAAACAGCGUUGACUCAGAUGGGCCCAUGACACCCAUCUCUCCCAUGACACCCAUCUCUCCCAUGACACCCAAUUCUCCCAACAGCCCGACCCCACCCCUGACCCCUUUGUCACCAGGUGCCUCCCCUGGUGCCCCCAAACACACCUGCAACCACCUGCACACCAUCGGGGGGGCAGGCGGGCACAAAAACAUCUGCACACGCUGCAGCCAGAAGAAAUGGCCGCUCAUGAGGAGACCAUCUGCACGCAAGCCUGAGCAGAGAAAAAGCCACUGCGGAGAAGUUACUGUGUUAGCCGUGGGCAGGUUCCGUGUUACAAAAACAGUGUGUGAUAAACCAGUAAGAAGGACCCUGCUCCUCUCUGAGACGACACCCUCAACGCCAACUGAGUCUGAGCCAAGGAGCAGAGCCAUGUCAGAGUCCCAACAGUUUCAGCCAGACCAUACGGACAAAGAUAAAUUAUAAUCCAGUUUUCCCCUUGGACACUUGAAACCAGAUCCUAUCGUCAGCAGAGGAGGAAAUCUUACUGUAAAUAUCGCUUCAGGAAGAGCUGAAGGAGAACUCGACUCGGGGAAGCACAGUGCGUUUAAUGACUCAUGGUUAUUUGAAUAUGAGACUCAGAACUCGUGCCUUAAAGAUGGCGUCUGCGCUUCAUGGUCUAUUAAUUCAAUAAUAGAGAGGUCCUUGUGGUCGGUGAUGUACAUAUGUUUUAUAUCAAAGAUUUGAUGCAUGUUAUUGCAAGAUUUGUUUAAAAAAAAAUAUAUAUGAAAUGCCAAAACUAUCGAUAGAACACGUUUGACAACAAGCAGGGAGGAGGUGCAUCCUUGUCAAAUUAACUUAAUAUAAUUUUUUUGUUGGAGAGUUUAUCACAUGCUUUUGUUUGUGGAGAUGUUAUUGCUUUGUUUGGAAUGUUUCACAGUCUGGUAUUAAACAUUUUUAUCUUCAUGGAGACCAAACCAUCUAAGUUACAGGUCAGAUCUGUGGAGAGGCGACCCCACUCACAGUCAGAAUGCCUGUUUUUCUAUUUAUUUUUUGAGCUAUAAAACCACAUGUAAUAGCGCACAUGUACGGUAGAGCUGUUUAAUGUCACACUGUGGAACAUUCCAGGCAGAGCGAUGGCAUAUCCAUAGAAACAAGCAAGUUAUGAACCCCCAACCGAAAAGUUACAUAGUACACCUUUAAAAAUGCUACUAAUAUGUAAUUUUUUUGGUGGAGGACUUGUCUCAUGGAAAUUUGAUUGUUUUGCCUGGAAUACUCCGUUGUAUGACUGUUAAUGGGUCUAUCUCCAUGGAGCCAUCGCCUGGUCAAGUUACGGGUCAGAUCUGUGGAGAGGUGAUUAUGCUCACACUACAAAUUCAUGCUUUUUAAGGUAUUCUAGCGUCAGUUGACUUUGAAUGCGUGCAUCUUAGCUAACUGUACUGUACCAUACUGUGGAACAUUCCAGGCAAAGUAAUAGCAUCUCCAUGGCAACCCCCACUGGAAAAGUUACCUAGUAUACUUUCACAAAAUACCAAUUCAACAAACAAAUACAAACAAAAAUUGUGUAUUAUGUGAUAUAUUGUCACAGAUGCAUUCCCAAAAAUAAUACCAAAUAUGAAUAGUGGAAAAGUUUAUUUUUCUUUGUUUCAAUUCAAACUGAUAUGAAACAUUUUGAUACUGACGCAUUGAUACUGAACCAGUGGGGUAAUUGCACUUUUUAGUCAAAUUUAUGGGAGCCUCCUUUUGUUUCACUAACAGCACUAACAAAAUGCAGUGUUUUGUUUUGGUUGGCUAAUAGCUAAAUGUCUCUGUUGCUGCAAAAUAAUAAGCAAAAAUAUUCAAAAUAUCACCACGCAUUUCCACAUCCCCACUUUACUCAGAAAUAAACAGCAUAUUUAAAUGUGACACAUAGAACAGUAUCGAAAAUAUGACUGGACUGAGAACUAAGGAUGCACCAUUUUUUAUUCCAAUAUUGACACUUUGGCUUUAAAAAUCAGCCAGUACUUUGAUAUUAAUCGAUACCAGUGUAGGGAUGGAAAGGGGCUCUUAUUUCAUUAAAACACAGUGAACUUAUUAACACAAGGGAUCCAAUUGUGUUAUGUAACUGCUACUUAACUUUCAAAUCGCCACUGAAGAACUUUGUAUGAAUAAAAGUAAAAAAUUUAUGAGAUGUUCUAGGCCAAAAUGAGCCUAUAAUUAGCCUUAUUACAUCCAACCAGUUAAAGGGCCCCUUUUACAUUGUUCUCUGUUCUGUAUUAUAAUGUUGUUCCUCAUCACAAACGUAUCAGUGGUUGUGUUUUAUUUCAUUCACACAUGUUUAACACACAAACUCUGCAUAUUUAGGCCGAGUUCCUCUCAGACAGAAAACACUUGUGAUAUAAUGUGGUAAUAGAGGGAGUAUGUGUUUUUAAACUCCAUACACCUUCACUAGGAUCAUUUGUCAGCUGAUUUUAGCCCUGGAAUUUCCAAUCUCAACUAAGGAAAAGGUAAACAGUUUCUGUAUGUAAAAUCCCUUAGUCGUAUAGGUAGAAUCCAUUCAGUUCAGUUCUUCAGAAAUGAAGAAGCAGCUUCUGCUAUUAAAGGUAACAGCUAACUUGAAAACUACAGCUUCAUGUCAUCACAAGGUGGAAUGGAGCAUUUUGAGCUUUGGAGAUGUAGGCAAACUAAUAAUAAAGUGUUACUCAAACAUGUGAAUGAAACAAAACACAACUCCAGGCAUGUUUUUGAUGAGGUAACAAUUAUAACAUGGCUUAAAACUCACAAGAGUCAAUUCUGCAUAAUAUCGGACCUUUAAAGACUCAACCUGAUAAUGCCUUAAAUGAUAUUAUGGAACCGAUUCAGAUCCAGCAAAUUUUUCAGUAUUGACUCGUAUCGUAUUUGACACCAGUAUCAAUAUCGGUGAAUCCUUACUGAAAACCAAGAAUAUAUUUCUGUUCUACACUUAACACAGCUAAUUCUGAUUUGCUAAAACUGCCAAAGAUAAUUGAACAUAGACCAGUUUUACCAUGUCCUGCCUGUAUGAUUAUGUCAGUCUUAAUAUUUGAAUAAUUUAAUUUGCCAAACAUCUUUUAAUGAGCUGUGAAGAGCUGAACGGUCACAAACUGUUUACACUGUCACUCAAUGUUACAUGUAAAAUAGACAGGAUUGUUACAUCUCCACUAGGCCUGUCACGAUAAGAACAUUUGAACCAUGAUAUAUCGUCACAGAGAAAUAUUGUGAUUAGGGAAGUAGACGGGGGACAAAGGGGUCUCUUGUCCCAGGGAUUUAGGGGCCGCUUCCUAUUAAUUUAUAUUAGAUGGGGGCCAAUGUGAGACUCCUUGCCCCGGGCCCCCUAACAAUAAACAAUAAUACUGAAACUGCCACUUAUACAAAGCUGGAUAAUCCCACUGAGUAAACCAAAUUUUGAAUAGGCAGAUUAAUUAAAAACUAUGAGCUGCACCAAAUCAAUAGCAGAGUGAACUAAUAAUUAAAGGUGCACUAUGUAACUUCUAUGUUCCACAGUAUGGCAUUAAACACGUCUGCCUUGCAUUUUUUCAGUUAAAGGUGUUUUUUAGCUCAAAAAUAACCUGAAAAACAUGAAUUUUUAACAUGUGCAGGCUUGCUUCUUCAUAGAUCUGACCAUUAACUUGUUUUACUCAUUUUAUUUCAAUACUGUGGAAUAAUCAAGGCAAAUCAGUAAUAUCAUUUCAUAUCAUAAAAGUUAAAUAGUGCAUCUUUUAAGCGUAUAUGUUAUUUAUUCUACUCUGUUACAUAAAAAAACAAAAAAACCUAUCCACUAUUGCAAAAUAAAUGUACACAUGAUAUGACAAAUACUGAGCCGAAAAAUAUAUACAACGUUCAUAUAUUAAACAAUAACUCAAGAUAGUAAUUAUUGUGACAGGUCUAGUCUCUACAUCCUGAAUGAAUGUAAAAAAACAAAAACUAAAGAACUACCUUGUCUUGUUUACUCUCAAGUUUCAGAUACUGAUACAUCAAUUCAAUAUGGAAAGGUUUAUUUAUUUUAAGCAUAUCAUCAAUAGACAUAAAGAUCAUAUAUUUUUAAUGAACACAAAGUGAAUAAUUUCAAAAUAGUAUAUGUAUUUAUUUUGGGGUUGUGUCCAGGCUUACAACUGUAGCUUAAAGGUGCCCUGUGUAACUUUUCUAGUAGAGGAUCCACCACCUGUUUGACUCCAUGUUUUUUUCCUGAAAUAUUCUACAGUAUGAUAUUUAAUUUAACUAUCACCGUGGAGACAAGCAGCUCACAUUGCCAGGCCAAAUUUCAGGUCAGAUCUGUGGAGAAGUGGGCUUGCUCAGGCUUGGAGGGAAAAAAAAACAAAACACCUGUAAUUCAAUAAAUACAAGAUAUAUUUGUGUAACGCCAUACAGUGGAACAUCACCAUGGAGACAAGCAGAUGGCAAACCCUCUGCCAGAAAAGUUACGCAGUGCACCUUUAAAAUAUGCACUUGACUUGGACAUUUCAUUUUAAAAACUAAAUUUGAACCAUAUGUAUGUAACAUGAUCAUAAUGUACAUUUUAUUUGAGUUUUUUUGUUUCAUAAGCUUACAAAACUAUAAAUAUUGUAUACAGAUAUUAUUUGUGCUGUGUCAUAAAUGUCUACCUCUGUUGUGAAGACCAAAGCACUUAAGUAAAAAAACAAAACAAAAAAACUGAUCCAUCUUGAGGCUUUAUUCAAGUGGUUUUAUUUUAAUACGCAAUGUUAUGUUUUAAUGUUUUUGGAGGGUUUGUACCAUUCAAACUAUAUAAAGAAGGCAUUUAAAA